UAUCAGGAGACUCCAUUCUUGCUUCCAUUGGGUAGGUUGCCUGAGUGGUAAUGUAAUCAGUCCUUGGGCUAAUAUUCCCUGAUCCUCAGCCUGGGUUGCACCUGUGCUUUACCUAUUGUCAGAGAAGGAUAUACAAGGGUGGAGGGGGGCGGAUGAGAAUUCAAUGAUUUAUUUUUCUUGUGAAUGGGAGGAGCCAUUCCAGCCUCUGAAAAAUUGCAUAAAAAGCAGCCACUGCCCCUGGAAAACCACAGAACAAAUUCAUCAGCAGGAAGCCAGCAUGGCUGAAAAGUCCAAAUUUAUUGAGUACAUUGAUGAAGCUUUGGAAAAAUCCAAAGAAACUGCACUUUCUCACUUAUUUUUCACCUAUCAGCAGAUUCCUUAUCCAGUCACCAUGUGUGCCUUAGAAACUUUCAAAGCCCUGGACGCCUUUGAAGCCAGAAGCGACGACAUUGUGCUAGCAUCUUAUCCAAAGUGUGGUUCAAACUGGAUUCUACACAUUGUCCGUGAAUUACUGUCUGUGGUUUCCGAAAAAAAAUAUGAAUAUUCAGAAUUCCCUGUUCUUGAAUGUGGGGACUCAGAAAAAUAUCAGAGAAUGAAGCUGUUUCCAUCUCCAAGGAUUAUGACAACUCACCUCCAUUAUGACAAAUUACCAGGUUCCAUCAUCAAGAGUAAAGCCAAGAUUUUGGUGAUAUUUCGAAACCCUAAAGAUACGGCAGUAUCUUUUUUUCAUUUCCACAAUGAUGUCCCUGAUAUUCCAAGCUAUGGCUCUUGGGAUGACUUCUUCAAGCACUUCAUGAAAGGACAAGUUUCUUGGGGAAGCUAUUUUGAUUUUGCAAUUAAUUGGAACAAACAUCUUGAUGAUGCAAAUAUUAAAUUCAUAUUAUACGAAGACCUAAAAGAGAAUCUGGCCACUGGAAUAAAACAAAUUGCUGAGUUCUUAGGAUUCUGUCUCACCGGGGAGCAGAUUCAAGCAAUCUCAGCUCAGAGCACCUUCCAAGCAAUGCAAGCCAAGUCUCAGGAAACGCACGGUGCUGUUGGCCCCUUCCUGUUCCGCAAAGGUGAAGUUGGUGACUGGAAAAAUUUGUUCCGUGAAACUCAGAGCCAGGAAAUGGAUGAAAAAUUCAAAACCUGCUUGGCAGGCACUCCCCUGGGAACAAAGUUGAAGUAUGAAUUAUAUUGCCAAGUUUGAUUCUGGUCCAUUUAGCAGGAGUGGAUAUUUUCUUAUCCUCAGUAAGAACUGAAUUUAAAUAAAUUAAUCUCAACAAAUAAUCAAAUAAUGAUAAAUAACAAAUUUAAUAAUCAUGAAGUUUUUAAGCAUGAAUCUAAGUGUUUUCACUUUUUAAAGAGAGGACUUUUAGCUGACUACAAGGGACACUACUGUGAAUGUGCCGUCCUGAGUGGUAAGCUCUUCCAUGCCGUAGGCUCACAUUAGAGCAUGAGCAGUUGCUGUCAUAGAUGAAGCAGACUCCAAAUAAUGGCCAGUUUCUUCUCUCCUCAUAAUAACUCCCUUCUCACCUCGGACCAAAGCACCUGUGGCUCUCUCAGACUUACUGUUGGGAGAAAUUUAAUUCCAACCUACCUAUGCUAACAAAAGAUUAAUAAAUUGUAUUCUAA